UUUAUCCUCUGUCUUCAUCUUCUUCUUCGUCUGCAACAACAACCUGAAAGUCGUCAGCCGAAUUCCAUUUUCUCCGACUGCCAUUAAUUUCCCUUCUCACAGAUUCGUAAGUGCAACCAUUUUUCUCUCUCUCUCGCUCUGUAUAUAUAUAUGGUCCACUUGCUCACUCCAAAGCCGCCAUUAAUCUCCUCUCAGUGCUCUGAGCUUCAUCACUUCACGCCACCAGUAAAGCCCCAUUUUCUCGGUACGGAUUCGAAGCGAAUCGAGAAGAGGAAAUCGAGUUCUGUUUCAGGACACAGAAUGCGUCAGUUGCUUCUGUUGAUUGUCUCCGUUCUCUUUGCGAAUUUCGCCGUUUCCUUGUCCGACAAGUUUUCCGUCGCCAAUUGGGGGCAGUUGGAGGCCGAUCGUUUUGGUGCCUCUGUUUUGUUUUCCGUGCAAGGAAACGUUUAUCCUCUAGGGUAUUUUACGGUAUCCAUCAACAUUGGCAAUCCGCCGAAGAUUUUUGAGCUCGAUAUCGACACUGGGAGUGACCUCACUUGGGUCCAAUGCGAUGCUCCAUGUACUGGCUGCACUCUGCCUCGUGAUAAGCAAUAUAGACCCCACAAUAACGCUGUGCGCUGUGGAGAACCACUGUGUGCAGCACUCGUCUCCCCAGGCCAGGUCCCUUGCAACAACCCCAAUGAUCAAUGUGACUACGAAGUUGAAUAUGCUGACCAUGGAUCUUCCACUGGCGUGUUGGUCAGAGACUUAGUUCCCCUGAGAUUCGUUAAUGGCGCUUUCCUUACUCCCAAUUUGGGGUUUGGCUGUGGAUAUGAACAGAGGAAUGGUGGUCUACAACCGUCUUCUUCAAUAGCUGGUGUUCUUGGACUUGGUCGAAGUGAAGCUUCAAUUGUAGCUCAGCUAAGCGCCCUUGGUCUUGUAAGCAACAUAAUCGGCCACUGCCUCAGCGGACAAGGGGGAGGAUUUCUAUUCUUUGGAGGUGACCUUUUUCCAUCUUCAAAGAUGUCGUGGACGCCAAUAUUACGCACUCCGGGAGGAAAUUACUCAGUUGGACCUGCAGAGGUCUAUUAUGGUGGAAAGGCUGUAGGAAGUGAAGGCCUUACCCUGACUUUUGACAGUGGAAGCUCCUACACUUACUUCAACUCCAAAGUCUAUGGAGCAGUAGAGAAACUGUUGAAGAAUGAUUUGAAAGGAAAACUAAGAGAUGAACCUGAAGAUGAAACCCUUCCAGUGUGCUGGAAAGGCACAAAAGCUUUCAAAUCUGUGGCUGAUGUGAGGAACUUUUUCAAGCCCCUGGCCCUGGGCUUUACAAACUCCAAGAACCAGUUUCAAAUACCACCUGAAGCUUAUCUAAUAAUCAGUAAAUUUGGUAAUGUGUGCCUCGGGAUUUCGAAUGGGUCCCAAGUAGGAUUGGGAAAUGAUAACCUGAUUGGAGAUAUCUCUAUGCUUGACAAGAUUGUAAUCUAUGACAACGAGAGUCAGCGUAUCGGUUGGGCUCCUGCAAACUGUAAUAAAAGACCUAUGAAACAUGGUGAGCAAUGGUUAGCUGGAGAAUUUUAUCCAACCCAAGAGAAGAUCAAUAUAAUGACUCGCGAAAGGUAUACAUAUAAUAUGUAAUAGCUUUCGUACUUGAAGGGAAGAGGGUUCGACCCUCCAACAUUUAGAAGGAUAAGUAAUAAAUUGACUUAUGGAUCAGGUUGGUAAGUGGUUGAA